GGGCCUCGAUGCUCGAACUCUUUUCCUUCUGCUUGUUUUCACCUCCUCACCUCCUCCUCGACCCUCACCACCGCCUCUGCUCCCCUCAAUCCGCCUCCAAACACACGCAAUGCUCUUCCUCUCGCGCUCCGCUGCCGUCCGCGCGGCGUCCUACCGUUCCUCCGCUGUCGCCUUCCGUCGCUUCAACUCUGACGUUGCUGCUUUCAAGGGUGUCAAGAAUGCUGCUGGCAAGUACACUGUCACCUUGAUCGAGGGAGAUGGUAUUGGAACCGAGAUCUCCGCCGCCGUCAAGGACAUCUACGCCGCCGCUAAGGUCCCCAUCAUCUGGGAGCCCGUCGACGUCACCCCGAUCCUCAAAGACGGCAGGACCGCGAUCCCCGACGCCGCAAUUGAGUCCGUCAAGCGUAACUUCGUCGCCCUCAAGGGCCCGCUCGCGACUCCUAUCGGCAAGGGCCACGUCUCGCUCAACCUGACGCUCCGCCGCACAUUCAACCUGUUUGCCAACCUGCGUCCCUGCCGCUCCGUCGUCGGCUACAAGACCCCCUACGACGGCGUCGACACCGUGCUCAUCCGUGAAAACACCGAGGGCGAGUACUCCGGCAUCGAGCACGUCGUCGUCGACGGCGUCGUGCAGUCCAUCAAGCUCAUCACGCGGCCCGCCUGCGAGCGCGUCAUCCGCUACGCGUUCCAGCACGCCCUCGCGACCGGCAAGCCCAAGGUCCUGGUCGUGCACAAGGCCUCGAUCAUGAAGAUGUCCGACGGUCUCUUCUUGCAGACCGCGCGCGACAUCGCAAAGGAGUACCCGCAGAUCGAGCUCGGCGCCGAGCUGCUCGACAACACCUGUCUCAAGAUCGUCACCGACCCGGAGCCGUACAAGCCCGUGGUGAUGGUGAUGCCCAACCUCUACGGUGACAUCCUGUCGGACCUCUGCUCGGGUCUCAUCGGCGGCCUCGGUCUCACCCCGUCUGGUAACAUGGGUGACGAGGUCUCGAUCUUCGAGGCCGUCCACGGCUCCGCGCCCGACAUCGCCGGCAAGGGUCUCGCGAACCCGACCGCGCUCCUGCUCUCGUCCGUGAUGAUGCUCAGACACAUGAAGCUCAACGACUACGCGGACAAGAUCGAGAACGCGGUCCUGUCGACCAUCGCCUCCGGGCCCGAGAAUAUCACUGGUGAUCUCAAGGGUACCGCCAACACCGCGCGCUUCACCGAGGAGAUCAUCAAGCGUCUGUAAGCGCUUUUUUUUUUCUAUAUUUUAUCUUUCCAUCUUGUAAUUCCAUUAGAGUCAUGCCUUUCUCUUCUUUGUUUUUCAUUCUAGUCCUCUAUGUUUGGUAAUCUAAUGAUCAUUCUUCUAUACUCAUUACUCCAAACCUGCGCAGCAAAGACUUCCUAAACAGAUAAUAAACCCUAUUUACUCUUCACUCCACCCUCCUCCCACCAAACCCAGACCUAAACCAGCGGUAGAAAA